AAAGAUUUAUUGUGCUUAUAAUAUAAUUUAUUAUUAAAAAUGUAAUUAUUAUAAAGUUAAUGAGAGACUAUAAGUAACGAGGAUCAGCUGCAGUGUUUCAUCUGAGGUUAGAGUUCAAUUUACUGUUUGUUUUUUAUUGAAAGAAUAAAAAGUGAAUAAAAUGAAAUAAUAAUCCAUUAAACUGGAUCUCAGGAAAGACUUGUAGACAGUAAAAUCAGGGAUAUAAAUGAUGUUAUCAUGGCUCAUCACUUUUCCUGCUGCUCUUCAGGAACAUGCGAACAUCAGUAAUGAAGUUACUGAAGCACCAAAAAGUUUUCUAAUUACCACAAAGCAGAAAAAUGGUGUCACUGGAAACCGUGUGCUCGAGGCGUGUCCUGAUUAAUGGUUAUUCUAACCUUGGCCUAAAGUUACACUUGAGCUGCUUCUCAAACCACCGAGCUUCGGGCUCACGCCGCAACACAGGAUGCGUGAAACACCUUGUCUCCGUCACGUCUUCAGAUUCUUCAGCUGAAAGAAAACGUUUGAUGAUGGUUUGAUCGAUACCUGUUACGAUAAUGUCUAGAAAAGUAAUUGUACACGACUCGCAGAAACUGGUGGAGCAAUACCGCUCGGAGCGAGACGAGGCCCUUCAACGCGAGAAUGCCCUCAAGGAGAAACUGAGACAAUACGAAUCGAGGACAAAGUCGACCGAGACCAUCAAACAGAAACUCAAAACCCUUACGUCGGACAACAAAGAGCUCAGGAAGCAGGUGAAAGCGCUGAGGACGGAGAUCGGCUUGGAGUCGAGCCCGAACUUUCACGGCAAAACUACGAGGGACGUCAUCAACCAACUGCAGGAGAAAGAGCGAGAGUGCAGCACGCUGGCGGAAAAAGCUGGAAAGUUGAACCUGACCAUCGAUGAGCUGUCGUCCGAGCUGGCCAACGUGAUCACCUCCAAAACUCUGCUGGAGGAAAAAGUCCAGUCACUUCAGCUCAACCUCAAGGACAUGACCAACAACCAGCGCCGCCUGCUGAAGUUAUGGGAGGAUAAAAAAACUCAGCGUGAGCCGAUCCUCCUGCCCGCCAUCAAUCAGAGAACCGCACACAAACCCCUCGUCCAGAAAGCCAUCCAGACCGAAAUGUCAAUUAGCUCCACACAAAUCCUUCCUGCCAAUGUCUUUGAAACCAGACUGAGAUGGGAACCGGAGAAGAGCAGGAACCUGGACAGAGAAACAUCACGUUACCCAACAGCACUCAUGCAAAAUAAGACAACGAGGCAUCACUGAUAUUCAACUGGAAAUGAACGAUGACUAUUUUUUGUCCAUUUACUGUAACAGGUCCCAUUCCUGUGUUACGUAUUUCUUUAAGUUGGGCUUUAAAUCAGCAAAAAUCUCAUCUCACAUCCAGGCACCGUCCCAACGCAUCAUACCCUCAAUAUA